CACCCUACACACCUAACAGAAUUUAACUCUGCUUGGCAAAGAAGAAACCAAGAACCAAGCGAAGAAAGACAGUCAUCUAAUCCUGUUCAAGCUGGACUCUCUACCAUGAGAAAAGUAAAAAAGGCUAAUCAGCCUUCUAUAAAGAAUCAUUUGGAUAGUUCUUGGAAGUAUAAGCAGAUUAGAACACAGGAAGAUUUGGACAAAGCUAUUCUGAACCACCUGAUUGCUGACCUCCUUCCUUUCAGUGAAGUCGAAAAGGAAGCAUUCAAGAACCUCAUUGGUGGAUUGUCUGGGCCACUUGUUAUAAGGAGUCGCCCCUUCAUGGUGGAACUAUUAAAGAAGACUUACAGCAAGAGUAAAGCAGAUUUGAUUUUUGAACUUGACAAAGCUGAUUAUGUCAGCACCACAGCAGACUGCUGGACUUCACGGCGACGUCGCUUUUUAGGAAUGGCAGUUCAUUGGAUGGGACAAGAUCUUGAUCGUCGCAGUGCGUGUUUGGUUGUUAGAUGAAUUUACGGUUCCCACACAUACAAUGUUGUUGGCAAGGCCAUAUCAGAUAUGCACACAGAAUUCAAGAUUUGCUCCAAAGUAAACUGCACCAUUACUGACAAUGGAUCGAACUUUUUAAAAGCCUUUGACAUGUUCAAACGACCUAAUUCACCUGAAAAAAACCCAGCCGCUGAUGAAAAUAUGUCCCCUGACGAAGACGAGAAAGACGAUUUUGUAUUUAUUGAUAUAGGCGACAUUAUGAAUUGUGGACCAGAGGAGGUAGAUCUUGGUGACGCUGACGAUUACUUAUGCCUUAAAGAUCAUAUUCAUCUACCUCCCCACAUGAGAUGCAGCUGUCAUUCCCUGAAUUUGGUGGCCACAACUGAUGUGAAGAAUAUUGACAGUGUACGGUUUCAAAAAUUGAAGAGCAGUGUGGAUGCAAAGCUUACGGCAAUCUGGAAUAAACAGAGCCGUUCCUCCUUAGCAUCCGAUUUCAUCAAAGCUACAAUGGGCGAACUUUUCGUGAUCCACAACGCCA